GCCGUCGGUCAUGUUGUUUACCUGUCAGCUCGUCUAUAGGUCUUUGGCAUAUUGUAAUGUCAUCAUGUUCUUGUUGGUUUUCUUGCUGUUUGUGACUGCAGCGGUGCCAGUUGACCGGCCAGAAACAUCCAAAGGGUAUGAAGAUCAUCACUUUACAGAAUUUAGUAAGAACGACGGAGAAACGAUGGAUGAAAAUCACCCCUUCAACGACCGACCCGUUGGAAGUGACGUUACAAGAUCACGGGAUGGAUCUAACUUAAUCACACCCGGAUCUGACAUGUUAUCAUUACAUAAAGGACCUUACGAAAAUGGGAAAGAAAAGUUCAAUGGUGUGAUUAGGAAUAAUGGUGGAAGAUCUUCAAGCCGAAUCAACCCAACAGAGACUUUAUACACCUCAUCUGACCAUAAGGAACGCCCGAGAAGAAACGCAUAUAUAGGGCCUACGAAGAAUGUCAGCACGCAGGCAGCAGAAAUGGAUGUGGAAACAACAACUGCAGAGACAUCGCGAAGAAAAGGUAAUACUCCCUUAGCUUCGGAACUCUUUCAAGACGUGAAUAUCACUGCCAUAGACACAGGGGAUACAUUAGAUAUCUAUGAACAUAUCGGAAAGCUAAAGGGGGCUCAGAGGCUUGAGCUUGAUCCGUGGGUCUUCGAAGAGGAAAUUGGAAUGGAUCCCGAUACCUGCUUUACCCGUCUAUCUCUUACCAAAGCAACUAUUGAGGAAUAUACCGUCCAAUCAAACGACGACACACGGCUAUCAAGCAUGGGGAUCAGCGUGAUGGAUGUGAACUAUUCUGUACCAGUGGACAGCGAAGGUACGAUAGCUGAGCGUUUUGUAGAGAGUCAGUUCAUGGAGGAUGAUGAUGAGGCUGACAUGGGCUCUGAGGAUGCUACAUUACUUACCAGAGAACAAGAGUAUGCUGCUCCGAUGCUGGCCCCUCCAUCAGUUGACUGUCACUUUCUAAUGCCUUACAACCGCCAAUGGAUCAAACUUGUUUCUGCCUGUCCCGCAUCCUGGAACAAUAAAACUAUAGAACGUCUGUGUGUGCCUCAGUAUGAAACAGCGGAUGAUAAUACCAUUGAUGUGUUAAACCUCCCUGUUCAAGACCAGCAUGGUAUGGUUUACAGAAACAUAUUCUGUGCCAAGUGUAACCAGGCUGCGAACACACGGGCUUGGGAUGUUGUGGUACUCUGUGAUGGAGUGUCGUCCUUCUUCUUCAUCGAUGGCAAUGUUCUUAUGACCCUCAUGCCCACUCUGGCAGCUGCAAGACACUGUAGACAGACUCUUUGGCCGCAACAACCAGACAAGGUGGAGACGUGUUUAAUGACAAAACAAGUUCGUAAUCGGAGGAGGGCAAACCACAGGAACAGACAAAGUGAAGAAACUGUUACCUACCCUGUGUCAUUUUCGGUACUCAUGAAUUUCGGGUUUGAUGGUAAGACUCAUAUCCUGUUCAGCACCACUCAUGAAGAAUUGUCUACGGACAAUAUGAACCGAUGUCCUGAACCGAACCAAGUCUACGAUUCCAGGUAUGAUCAGUGUCGAGAAGUGGUAUGCCCUGCAGGCUACAAGCUUGUCAAGGAGGAAUGCCUCAGGGAUGUGAAUGCCGGACCUUCCUCCUCAGUAGAUGGGACUUUGCCCAAUGUUCAGACUCUCACUCAUCUCCCUGAUGUUGCUGUGAUUACCCUGAUGGUGAACGUCACACGCAGCGACUUACUGGCAUUGCUGUCCCCAGACUUCAAAUCCAUAAUGAUAGAAGGCAUGGCGACCUUACUCAAUAUAAGUUCAGAAAGGAUUCUGAAUUUAACAAUAAAUAUGGCAAACACAUCCGAACCAGAGGUUGCUGUUAAGACCCUUGACGAGAAACCUGUCCUCGAGCCUUUGGAGAAAAUAAUUGGCAGAACGCUGAACCCUGAUAAUGUUUCUUCUGAGGAGGUUAAUGGAUUAUCACAAACAAAGGAAAUAUCACUGGAUACUGCUUUACCAAGUACUGCCACAACUGUUUUGCCAGAAAUUGUUUAUACCAAGACUGACCCUGAUCCAGACUUGCCUGAAACGUUUUCAAUAACCCCUGAACAAGAUGGAGUUAUGCUUCCAAAUACACUUGAUGCUGGUGACGCUAUUGAUAGGAAUGCCAGAAAAGAGAAAGAAGGAAAAAGUGGCGAGCAACAAAUGCAGCAAGUUCCAGGGCAGAUGGCCCCGCCACGCCAUGCAAAGAGGCACACAAAUCCUACUGCACAAUCAAAAGUUGGAUUUGAUGAGGAGACGAUAACUUUAAAAUUACAAUUCCUGCUUCUACCACCAAGGUCCUCGAGGCUUCACGAGGGAACAGUGUCAAGUAUAAAGCAGAAAAUGAACAGUCUUUUUGAUCAAAAGAAAUUUACUCUUUCCCUUAAUGGUACUGAAGUUACAGUUGUGAAUGUGGUUAAUACAGCUAAUCCUGAAUUGACGGGUACAUUCUGCAGCAGAGGGCAAAUGCAGUUUUACUUUGCAGAUCAACUUGACGUCAUCAACGCUGUGGACAGAUCAGGCAAUAAUACAAUCACUCAUAUAUUUGUCAAAUCUACCAACAGUAUAUAUGGUCCUGGAAAGUUUGAUUUGACAAUGUGGAUAGCAGGCAACGUUGGAUCUGCGGCUAAUCUCACAGACAUCAUGGGUUAUGCAUUUGUAUGUGUCAUGCCAAGGAUUUCACAUAGGGGGUGUGGUAGGUUUAAGAUUUCUUCCGACAAGUAUAUUUUAUUGCGUAACAAGUCAAUUAUACUAGGAGAAGGGUUGUACAAUAUGACCGAGUAUGAAUAUGUUGAUGAGGCCAAGGGAAUUAUUGAGAUAUGUGUACCACAGUCCAUACUACAAUCACAGUCACAGAACAACUCCUAUCAUUUUGUCCAGGGCUGUGACAGGGGUUUUGAGACUUUCAUAAAAGCCGAGGCCUACAUGACAGCAGUCUUGGGAAGGAUCUCUAUCGCAGCUUUGGCUAUAGUGCUUAUGACUUAUUGUCUGUUUCCGAAGCUCCGGAAUCUACCAGGCGUGAAUACAAUGAACCUCACCCUUGCUUUGCUGAUAGCCGAGAGUAUAUUCAUUACUUGGGAAGGAAGUGUUGAUUUUCCCAUAGUGUGCAGUCUAGUUGCCAUUCUCCUCCAUUACUUCUUCCUGGCCUCAUUCUUCUGGAUGAACGUGAUGUCCUAUGAUCUGUUCCGUACCUUUGGUAACAAAACCUACGUCCUUCCAGAGAUACGAGAAAAGAGCAAAUACCUCUGUAAGUAUGUUCUAUAUUCAUGGGGUUCUCCUGCGAUUAUUGUUGCCAUCUGUGUAAUUUUAGACUUCACUAAAGUCAUACCUGGUGUCGAGAUUGGAUACGGUAGUCAAGGCUACACUGAAGACUCCAGCGUUAACAUUACCUCAGAAGAUUGGAACUCGACAGAGGAUGAUGUACAAGACGUUGAGUCCCUUGGUUGCUGGAUACAGAAUCCAUUUGCCUCCAUGACUGCUUUUGGGGCCCCGAUUGUAAUAAUAUUUCUGAUGAAUAGUUGCCUGUUUGUGAAGACAAUUCUUUGUAUAAGAAAAACUGCUAAAUUUACCAAUGACCACACACGAAGAUCGUCGGUCAACCGACGCAAUGGCCGCAAUGACGUCAUGUUGUAUGUGCGCAUGUCAACUGUCAUGGGGUUCACGUGGAUCUUUGGACUGGCUUCCUCUAUAGUCAGCGCUGUCUCCACUCCUCCUACAGUUGUGGCUUGUUACACAGAGCACAUCCUGGGUCUCCUCUUCGUUACGUUCAAUUGUUCACAAGGACUCUUUAUUUUCUUUGCCUUUGUCACCAAGCGACGCGUCUUCUAUCUUUAUAAAGGACUCUGGGUCAGACUGAAGAAAAGGAUCAAGGCAAUUGAGAAUAUGAGAUGGAAAAGAAGCACCUCUGGGUUCAAGUCCGCAUCAUCGGCAGCAGCAUCAACAACUACUGUUUCAACCAUCAGCUAGAUGCAUAAACAGUUCCACACCAUGACUGUUCAAUGGCGCAAUGGGUCUCUGACUAUUACUGCAAGGAGAGAGUCAGGAUGUAAUAUCCACCAUGUCAUGUCUUGAUUAAUGAAUAGAGAUUGCGAAGUGUGACUUAUGUGGUCAUAUAUUCAAUGUUGAAUGCAUACGACAUGAGGACAUGAAAAUUAAUAUGGGCUCCAACGACAGAAGAAGAAUGAGUCCACAGAGUAUUCAAAUUCGUUGAGGAUGACGCCUCGAAAUCUGAAUUCGAGGAUUCAAAGCAUAGAAGAAGACAUAACAAAUGUCAGACUGUGAAACAGUUUUAUCCCUACUUGCCAGAACUGGUAUUAUUAAAUAUGCGGCAAGAGAGCAGUAUGUGCUCUGUGCAUACUCUACACUACUGAAGAUUGACACUGAAGUGUACAGUCCAUAUGGUUCGCCUAGCGAUAUUGUGGUCAGCUAAGGUGACCAAUAUGUGACUUGAAUGUUAAAUAACAGGACCAAUUGGCUCACCUGGUGGACACGUCUCCUGCAAUGACCAUACAUCUGGUUCAAGAUGGCGCUCUUUUCCGGUAUGAAAUUAUAGCUGUGUUAGCAGGUCGGUUGUUUUGCAAAUAGCACUAUAUACAUGGAUGUGCCAUAGAAUCCCCUUCGGAAAUACCGAUGGACACUCGUGAGCCAAACCGUUGCUUACAGAGUUUAAAACAUUGAAGGGUUUCAUUUUUUCUCAUUUUAUAUGUUAUGGUGUUACGCACAGUUGUGAAAAAUCGUGAUGUUUUAUGUUAUUAUGACGUGGUUUAGACGUGGUUUUAGAAAUUAUAAACGAAAAUGAUUAAAAAAACCCAAAAGACAACCAAUAUAACAGAAUGAUUUUGAUAUAAUAAUUGACUUGUUGUAUCGUGUUUAAUGUGUAAAUGUUAGUAAUGCCAGUUAGUGUUAAAAGGGUGAGACGAACAUGUUCAGAAAAUAGGCUGGAAAACCAAAUGGACCAAUUGAAUUAACAUUGUUAUUACAUCGUAUCUAAAGUCCAUUUAUCAAGUUGAUCUAAACGUUUCGUGACAUACAUUUUUUCUGCCGAAUAUAGUCUCUGUACCGAUAAUUUCUAAAUGAUAACAACUAAAUUUGUUUGAUUGUAAGGUCAUAGAAAAAACGAUAAAAUAUUUCUAAAAUGGUGAUUGAGGUGCUUUGUCCAAUUGUCAGCCAAAUAUGUGUUCUGCCACACUUGAUCUAUCAAAGAGAAGACAUUCCAGUGUUUUUAUUGUUUGAUCUUGAUGCUAUGUUCAACCCUUUAGGGAAAAGAUGGUAUAGAAUUGUAACGCGGUCAGGUUUUAACAUUUACUUGGAGUUUUACGUGUUUGAAGAUGCGGGGUCUGAAUGUGUAUUGGCCUAACUCUAAUCUCAUACUAUACACCUGGAACAAAAGUUAAGCAUCAUUUCCUUAUGCUGGUAUAUCACAAAAUGUCAUGUGCCGUUUGGAAUAAUUACAUAUGACAUUGAUGACAUUUUAAAAAAUAUCUAGGAUGCAACUCAUUCCAGCUGAGAAACGUCCGCCUCCGUGGUAAAGUGGUAGAGUGCCCGGAGAGCGGAAGGUCCGGGGUUCGAUCCCCGGCCGCCUCAUACCAAAAUACGUUAAAAGAUGAUACUUGUUGUUACCCUGUCUGGCGCUCGGCACUA